AUGAGCGGAGCUUGUAUGCUUGCGACGGCGUUGCGCCGGGCCGGCCGGGCGAGGACCAGAGUUGAAGGAGCACGGAGGACCCUGGCCGGAGGAUUCCCGGCCGAGAGCCAACAGCGCCCGCAAUGGCCCAUCGGUCAUAACCCUCCUCGAACCUGCGAGCCCCGACGAGCGAUCCACAACACCUCGGCGGCCCCGCGAUCCUCGACGUGGCGUACCGAGCCCUCCCAGCCGCCGACGUCGACACACAACUCGAAAGACGAGCUCCCGGAGCAGCUCCGCGGGGUGAUGCGCCGGUUGGCGCACUCGGUGGUGGUCUGCACGGCGACGGACCGCCGGGGCCAGCCGCGGGGGAUGACCAUGUCGAGCUUCGUAUCGUUGAGCAUGGAGCCCGUGCCUCUGGUGACGUUCAACGUGCGGACGCCCAGCCGAACGCUGCAGGCCAUAGAGGACGAGGGCGGGCUGUUCAACGUUCACGUGCUGGCCGAGGGCGCCGAGGGCGCGCAGGUUGCCGAGUGGUUCACGCGUGGCAACGCGGCGGGCGAAGGGCUGUUUCGGGAGCUGCCGGACGGCGUCAAGGUCUGCGAGGAGGACGGCGAGGCGCCCGUGCUGGAGGGACGUGGGGUCUUGUACGUGUUGAAGUGCAAGGUGCUCGGGGAGGGCAUGGUGAGGGUGAGGGAUCAUGUCGUCAUCGUCGGGGAGGUCGAGGGGGUCGUGAGGGGCGAGGGGGAGGGGUUCGGGCUCGUUUACGCGGACCGACGGUACCGGACCCUGGGGGAGGUCUUGGUCAAGGGAGAGGAGUGA